AUGAUUCAAAUUAUUCCGAACGAGCUACAUGUUAAAAUCUUGAAAUAUGUUGCUACUGAAAUGAAUUUUGAGAAAUUUUGCACACUGCGAACAGUUUGCAAAAAGUGGAACACAUUUAUUCCUUUGAUAAUGCACGAAGAUGUUAUUUCUAAAUUAAGUUCUGGCUUCAAAUUUAUGUUAACUUAUGAUGAAUGGAAUAAAACAGAGUGGUCUGAAGAAUUUUCACCAACUUACUGUGAUUCUACAAAGUCUUUUACAUUCUUAUUUGAUCAAACUGAAGACAUUACUAUUUCUCAUUAUUAUCAAGAUAAGCCUAAAGAAUAUUAUCUUAUAGCGUAUGUGAAAAAUGGUGAAAAUUCAUUAGUUCCUCUUGAGCUUGGAGCUAAAUUCAAAGGCCUUGAUUCACCUCAACGUAUAAAUAAUGAUAUAUAUAAAUAUGAAUUCGAUCGACAAAGUAACUUGCGUUUUAAACAGGAAAUUGAAGAGGGCAAUGUUGUUAAUCAUUUAAGACUUUAUAGUUUUACCAUUGCAUCUUGGGAGCUCUGCUAUAUUUUGGAUUGUCUUGCACAGAAUCG